CUGUUGCAAAACUUUACUGAAAAGAGCUCAGCAGAAAAUCGAAUAUGGAAAUGAUGUUGUCUCUGACUCCAAUCUUUGUGUUGGGGCUAGUUGUGACAUUAUGUAUAGGAACAGACAUCGCCACGAUGCAGUGGAAUGGAAAGAAAAUCCAGUACUUCGACAGAGCAACAGCAUUAUUUGAGCAAUCUGAGGACUGCCUACCUGGAUUCUUCAAAGGAGUUUGGCAAAAUGAAACUUGCUACAUGUUUGUGACAGCUGAACUAACCAGGAGUGAAGCAAGUACAUUUUGCACAGAAGGCGCACUUGGAAAUGGUCUUGUUGCUAUACCAACUGAGUUACAUCAUGCACACAUUGUUGGCCAAAUUGUUAUGCAAACAGAACUCCGAGCAUCAUCCAGUUCAAGCCAGUACUAUUGGACCAGUGGAGAGAAUUUCUCAGGUCUUUGGACAUGGGGUACAUCACUUGAACCUUUUAACUACACAAAAUUUUGGACAGGGAGUACCCCUAGUACUGGUUUUCUAGCCUUGUAUGAAAGCCGUAGUGCUAGUCCCUCUCCGUACUAUGACUGGAUAAGCACAACCUCAAUUACUAAUGCAUACAGAUCAAUUUGCCAACACUUCAUUGUGUCUCGUUAAGUGUAUUAACUCAUAAAAAUUACAAUAAAAAGUAGAAAUGCAAAUAUUGUUGCAAACCCUAAUAA